AUGAGCGCAUCUGCCGAACCCCGAGCAAACGUGCUCUUAUUUGGCGGCGGGGCAGUUGGAGCCAUCGCCGCCCUCAACAUUGAAACGGGCGGCCUGGGUGCAGUGACGGCAGUGCUGAGAUCCAACUUCCAGGUGGUGCGGGAUACAGGAUACACGAUUGAGAGCGUGGACCACGGAAGUCUGAAAGGAUGGAGACCAACCAAAGGCGAGCAGCUCUCCCUCAGCCUCCUGGUCAACACUGUGCCCGAUGUCAGCAAAGAGAACUUGCCGCCGUUCGACUACAUUGUCACCACCACUAAGAACUGCCCCGACAUACCGCCCACGCUUCCCGAGCUCAUUCGCCCCGCCGUCACGCCGGGCCACACGACGAUCGUGAUGAUUCAGAACGGACUGAACAUUGAGCGAGCAAUGUUUGAGGCUUUCCCCACCAACGUGGUGCUGUCCGGGGUGUCCAUGAUCGACAGUCACGAAGGGCAGCUGGGCGAAAUCCUCCAUGAAGAAAAGGACGUUCUUCACCUGGGGGCGUUUCAAAACCCCACAUUGGACGAUCACGAACGCGAAAUCGCCCUGGCACACAACUUCAUCCAAAUCUACGGUGCGGGGGGGAAAACUGAUGUCAGAUUCUCCGAAGACGUGCCAUGGGCCAGGUGGCGCAAGUUGGUCUUCAAUGCGGUGCUCAAUCCACUGUGUGCCAUCACCGGCCUGGACGAUGCCCGAAUCCGACUCACCGACAGUCUGGUCGAGGGAUUGGUGAGGCCGGCGAUGAAGGAGAUCAUCGACACCGCGGCCAAGCUUGGGCAUAUUUUACCCGCCGACAUCAGCGACACCAUGAUCCAUUUGGAUCCCAUGGACUUGUAUCUCAAGCCGAGUAUGCAAUGCGAUAUCGAGAAGGCAAGUGAAGCCCCCUGUGGAAACUUUAUGGAGUUCGAAUAUCUACUGGGAGAGCCACUUCGAGAAGCAAGAAAGGUGGGCGUGGCGACGCCAAACUUGAAUGUCUUGUACGAAAUAUGCAAGGCUCUACAGUGGAAGAUCAAGGAACAGAAAGGACUGGUCAAGGUGCCUCCUAAGAGAAUACUGUAG